UCGAGGCCGCGCGGGGCCGCUCGCCGGAGCCCGGCACAGUCGGGAACCCGGCGGGCCGCGCGGCCGGAUGAGGGGCGCGAUGGAGCCGGAGCCGGAGGUGCUGCUGCAAGAAGCCCGCGAGAACGUGGAGGCGGCGCAGAGCUACCGGCGGGAGCUGGGCCAGCGGCUGCAGGGGCUGCGGGAGGCGCAGAGGCAGAUAAAGGAGAGUGCUUCACAGACAAGAGAUGUCCUCAAACAACAUUUCAGUGACUUAAAAGGAACCCUUGGGAAGCUGUUGGAUGAGCGAUUGGUGACUCUUUUGCAAGAGGUGGACACCAUUGAACAGGAGACCAUCAAACCGUUAGAUGACUGCCAGAAGCUCAUAGAGCAUGGAGUUAACACCGCAGAUGACCUGGUCCGAGAAGGUGAGAUCGCCAUUCUUGGUGGUAUAGAAGAACAGAAUGAUAAAUUGUGGAACUUUACCAAAAAGGCCGCACACAUUCAGUUGGACAGCUUACCAGAAGUGCCUUUGCUAGUUGAUGUGCCCUGUUUGUCGGCUCAGCUGGAUGAUUCCAUUCUCAACAUAGUGAAAGACCACGUUUUUAAGCAUGGAACAGUAGCUUCCCGCCCACCAGUGCAGAUUGAAGAAUUAAUAGAGAAACCUGGAGGCAUCAUAGUGCGAUGGUGUAAGGUGGACGAUGACUUCACAGCCCAAGAUUACAGGCUCCAGUUCCGUAAAUCCACUGCCAAUCAUUUUGAAGACGUGUAUGUAGGUUCUGAAACUGAAUUCAUAGUGUUGCACAUAGACCCCAAUGUUGAUUAUCAGUUCAGAGUCUGCGCCCGAGGAGACGGCCGGCAGGAGUGGAGUCCUUGGAGUGUUCCCCAGACAGGUCACUCCACUCUGGUGCCUCAUGAGUGGACAACUGGCUUUGAAGGGUACAGUCUGAGUAGUCGAAGGAAUAUAGCUCUGCGAAAUGAUGCUGAGUCCUCGGGCGUUCUUUACUCCAGUGCUCCGACCUACUUCUGUGGACAGACACUGACCUUCAGAGUUGAGACUGUGGGACAGCCCGACAGGAGGGACAGCAUAGGAGUGUGUGCAGAGAAGCAGAAUGGCUACGACUCUCUGCAGCGGGAUCAAGCUGUGUGCGUCAGCACAAACGGUGCAGUUUUUGUCAAUGGAAAAGAAAUGACGAAUCAGUUGCCUGCAGUUACCUCUGGAUCCACUGUCACGUUUGACAUUGAAGCUGUGACUCUCGGAACUGCUAACAGUGAAGGCGGAAACGUGAAACUCCGAGUGACCAUCAGCUCCAGUAACAGGGAGGUGGUGUUUGACUGGCUGCUUGACCAGGCCUGUGGCUCUCUGUACUUCGGAUGCUCCUUCUUCUACCCGGGGUGGAAGGUGCUGGUGUUCUAGCAUCGUGGGGGCUCGGCUUUGGUGUGAGCGUUUCUGUCCUCAGCCUAGUUUAGUGUUGUCUGACUUUAAAAAGGUGAACUUACCUCUGGGACCACCAGAAAUAGAGAGCAUGGCUGGGUUUGCAUUGUAAUAGUUCAGUAAGGGGCCUGUGGUAGUGGUGCACGCCUUUAAUCCCAGCAUCAGGAGGCAGAGGCAGGUGGAUCUCUGUGAGUUCAAGACCAGCCUGGUCUACAGAGCAAGAUCCAAGACAGCCAGGGCUACACAGAGAAACCCUGUCUCAACCCCCCCCCCCAAAAAAAGUAAUAUUUCAGUAAGAAGUAAGCUGAAUGAGGUGGACAAAACCAUAGUUCAUUUUUAUUUUUAGCAUAAAUAUCAAACUAGCUUUAAAAGUGCAUACUUUUCCACUGUUCUUCCUAAAGCUGGUCGUUAGAACAUAAAAAUGUCACAUGAUUAAAUCUUCAAGCUCGAAGUCCGUAAGAAACAACAGAAGAAGACCGCUAGAGACCAGGGCUCUGGAAUACUGUCAUCUUGUAGCUCCUCUCUUCCCCACCCCUUGAGUGUGCUGACUGUUACUGUGUUCAGUUGUCUCUGGGUCUGGAAAGCUUAGUGGAUUCUGCAUUUUCACAGUGCCUGAGCAAGCGCUGUGACAGCCAGUGUUAGCGUCCUCCCUCUUCCCUGGCAGUGCGAGGCAAAGUAGGAUGGAGGGAGCCGGGCGGUGGUGGUGCACGCCUUUCAUCCCGCACUCGGGAGGCAGAGCCAGGUGGAUCUCUGUGAGUUCGAGGCCAGCCUGGUCUACAGAGCGAGAUCCAGGAAAGGUGCCAAAACUACACAGAGAAACCCUGUCUCAACCCCCCCCCCCCCCAAAAAAAAGAAGGAUCGGACGGAGGAUCUAUAUUCUGCAAGGUGAAGCCACUUACAGAAGUACACAGCAGUGUUAGCCAGUUUUUAUGUGCACAGCAUGCACCCAUGUGCACCCCGCCUCAGCGAUGCACAUGGGCCCAUGCAGAGCGGAUAGUCCAGUGUAACAUCAGGUUGAGAAAUGGUCUUUUAAUGGACCAAAGAAAUAUAGGGUAAAUACUUGACCUAUUUUUUUAAAAACUUAAAUUUGUGUAAAAUAUUUAUUUGACUUAAUAUGUAAAAAAUGUGGUCUUGUUAUACCAGCAUACAGAGAAGUUUUAAUGUGAAUUUUUUCUUUUGUUUUUACCAGUAGUAAAAAAGUGGAAAUACAAGUGUGAUAUUUUUGUAAGAUAAUUUAUUUGGGGAAUUAUGUUCCCUUUUUGACAAUCAUGACCUUUCCUUCUUCCCUUGUUUUGUAUAAGUAAGUGCCUUUUCUCAUGUUAAUAAGAAGUUCUAGAGUGUAGGUGCCUUUAUCCAGCCUUCUGAAACAAAAUAAAAAAUCAAAAGUUAA